AUGAAGGCUCUCCUGUUACUGGUCCUCCCUUGGCUAAGUCCUGCAAACUACAUAGACAAUGUGGGCAACCUGCACUUCUUGUACUCCGAGCUAUGCAAAGGAGCAUCCCACUAUGGCCUUACCAAGGAACGGAAGAGGCGUUCCCAAGACUGCUCUCCAGAGCGUGGCUCCAGCUUAGCAGUAGCUGCCCUGGGCCCCGAGCUGUCUGCAGCUGCAGCCAUCGCCUUAAUGACGGACGAGCCAGGCCUGGUGAACCCAGCCUUCAGCCCCACCUCCGAGGAGAGCCAGGCAGCCACCAGCCCUGCAGACCUGCAGCGCUCCAACAGAAGCAGAACUCGACACUUCGAACGCUCCACUGUCAGAAGCAGAUCUUUCAAAAAAAUCAACAAGGCCUUCAGUGUUCUACGGAGGACAAAAAGCGGAAGUGCUGUUUCCAACCAAAGCGACCGGGAAAGGGAGACUGUUGGGAGUUCUGCUGCUGGAGAGGAAGGUUUCCCCAGGUUGUAUCACCUGAUUCCAGAUGGGGAAAUCACCUGCAUCAAGAUCAGCCGGAGCGACCCCCAUGAGAACCUGGCCAUCAGGAUCGUGGGAGGCAACGAGACUCCUCUGGCUCACAUCAUCAUCCAGCACAUCUAUCGAGAUGGGGUCAUUGCCAGAGAUGGAAGAUUACUGCCUGGAGACAUGAUCCUAAAGGUGAACGGCAUGGACAUCAAAAAUGUGCCUCACAACUACGCCCUGUCGCUCCUGAAGCAGCCCUGCCACGUCCUGCGCCUGACGGUGCUCCGGGAGCAGCGCUACCGCUGCCGGCACAGCAGCCUCCCCCUCGAAGCUCACUGCGGCAGGGACGACAGCUUCCACGUCGUGCUGAACAAGAGCAGCCCGGACGAGCAGCUGGGGAUCAAGCUGGUGCGCAGGGCUGAUGAGCCAGGGGUGUUCAUUUUCAACCUGCUGGAAGGCGGCGUGGCCGCCCGCGACGGGCAGCUGCAGGAGAACGACCGCGUCCUGGCCAUCAAUGGCCGCGACCACCGCUACGGCAGCCCCGAGAGCGCCGCCCAGCUCAUACAGGCCAGCGAGAAGCAGGUCCACUUCAUUGUGUCGCGGCAGACCAGGCAGCAGACCCCUGAUAUCUUGCAGGAAACAGGAUGGAGUUAUGGUGGUGGCUGGGGACCCAUCCCUGGGGAUAGGGGAGACUGUCCCAAAAGCAGCCUUCAUGCUGUCACCUGCCACGAGAAGGUGGUGUCAGUCCGGAAGGAUCAGACGGAAUCUCUGGGAAUGACCGUGGCUGGCGGAGCCUCUAACCGGGAAUGGGAUUUGCCCAUCUAUGUGAUAAGUGUGGAACCAGGAGGAGUUAUCAGCAGAGACAGCAGGAUAAAAACAGGUGACAUCCUCCUGAACGUGAAUGGGAUCGACCUGACGGGGGUCAGCCGGAGCGAGGCCGUGGCCCUGCUGAAGAACACCAACUCCUCAGUGGUGCUCAAAGCUCUGGAGAUGAAAGCCUGUGAAGCCCAGGAGGAGCCAGGCCACCUGCCCUCUUCUGAAGCCAUGCAGGAGACCUCCGAGAGCAGCGAGUGGUCACCGUCCUGGGUGAUGUGGCUGGGACUGCCACGGUAUUUGUACAGCUGCAAAGAAAUCAUCCUACGAAGGAACACAGCUGGGAGCCUUGGCUUCAGCAUCGUGGGAGGCUAUGAGGAGCACACUGGGAACAAACCCUUCUUCAUCAAGUCCAUUGUUGGAGGAACACCAGCAUACAACGAUGGCAGAAUCAGGUGCGGUGACAUCCUCCUGGCUGUCAACGGCAGGAACACCUCAGGAAUGAUGCACUCCUGCUUGGCAAGGAUGCUCAAAGAACUGAAAGGCAAAAUUACUCUCACAAUUGUGUCCUGGCCUGGCACUCUUGUAUAA